AUGGCCGCGAGGUGGCUCGGUCUCAGGCCAGCCCUCCGUCGUGCCAUCAAUGCCACCAUCGGUGCUACCCUCGGUGCCAUCCUCGAUCCCCUCCUCGAUGCCAUCCUCGAUGCCAUCCUCGAUGCCAUCCUCGAUGCCCUCCUCGAUGCCAUCCUCGAUGCCAUCCUCGAUUCCGUCCUCGAUUCCGUCCUCGAUGCCAUCCUCGAUCCCACCGUCGAAGCCAAGCACUUCAUCUCCCUCGAAGCCACCUACUCAGCCAUCUAUCCCGCCAAAGAGCUCCGGGAGCCUACCAGCCAGCUUUCCUUCGACGAACAAGCCUAGUCAGCCAUCAACCAGCAAAGCACAACCGUCAUUCCCGUCAACCAGCUCCGGGAGCCUACCAGCCAGCUUUCCGUCGACGAACAAGCCUAGUCAGCCAUCAACCAGCAAAGCACAACCGUCGUUCCCGCCAACGAGCUCCGGGAGCCUUCCAGCCAGCUUUCCGUCGACGAAGCAGCCAAGCCAGCCUUCUUUCCCUCCGACGAGUUCAACUCCUGUAGCAAGCCUUCCUUCCACAUCCAAGCCCGUGGCGCCGAGCUCAAGCGCUCCGAAGUCAGGCUCAGGCUCUUCGCCUGCGGGAUCGCAAAGUGGAAGACCAGCUGGAUCAUCAUCCGCUGCAGCAGGGACCUCUCCGGCCGCUACUUCUCAGGCACCAGCUGGAUCUUCAUCUGCAGCAGCAGGGAACUCUCCGGCCGCUACUUCCAAGGCACCAGCUGGAUCAUCAUCUGCUGCAGCAGGUCAGCCACAACUGACCCCCGCGGUUUGCGAAACGAUAUGCGCCACCCAAUGCACAGGUAGUGGACCGACAGCAACACUUGGAUGUGGCACAGUAACUGGGACCACGACCUCGCUCCCAGCGGCGACAGCCACAGUCAACAAGUUUCUGGGCGUUCCCUUCGCUCAAAGCCCUCCUCGCCGCUUCUCGCCGCCGCAGAAAUACGGAAAUUGCAACAUUGAAGCCAAGGCGUGGAAGCCAGCCUGUAUCCAGCAAUUCGUCUAUCCGCAAGCCGAACAAGCCUUCGUGAAAGGCGUUUUCAACAGCCCAGGCGGUACCCCACCAGUAGAAAGCGAGGAUUGUCUCUACUUGAACGUCUACGCCCCAAGCUCUCCUCCACCUGCUGGUGGGCGGACUGUGAUGUUCUGGAUCUACGGUGGCGGUUUGCAAUUCGGAACAGCUGGCCAGCCAGGCUACGACGGCAGCUCCUUUGCCGCAUACGAAGACGUAAUCGUGGUCACCACCAACUACCGCACCAACGUCUUUGGCUUCGCCACUUCGCCUGAAAUUCCCAUAACGGAACGAAACCUCGGCUUUCUGGACCAAAGAGCUGCUCUCGAAUGGGUACAAGAAAACAUCGCAGCGUUCGGAGGCUCACCUGAAAAGGUCACCAUUUUCGGCGAAUCCGCAGGUGGAUUCUCCGUCGAUGCUCUUCUCACUUCCUACCCAGCGGGCAGCAACCCUCCUUUCCGAGCUGCCAUCAUGGAGAGUGGGCAGAUCAGCUACAAUCCGGAAGCUCGGCCUAGCACGGUACCGCAAUGGAACCAACUCGCGGCAUUGUUGGGAUGCCCCGGAAACUAUGGCAGCAAUCUGACCUGUCUCCGAGCAGCCAAUGCCACCGCUAUCAAGAACGCCAUCGAGAUGAACAUCUUGACCUUCAACCCCGUCGCCGAUAACAUCACACUCGUGUCAAAUCCUAUCCAAAUGAGACUGAGCGGUAACAUCGCUCGUAUCCCCGUGCUGGAAGGAAGUAAUGCGCAGGAAGGCCGGUAUGUUCACAUCACCUCCCUCUCCCACUUCUCCGCCCAUUCACUAACCUCUGCAUCUCCCCAGCGUCUUCGCGGUAGGCCAAAACAACCUAACCGCCUACCUCCAAUCCUUCCUCGGCUCCACCGGCACACCCGCCGUCAUCAACGCCUUACAAUCCGCCUAUGCAGCCUACGGAACCGGCUACACCGCCAUCUCCCAACUCUUCACCGAAUACGUCUUCCAAUGUCCCUCCGCCCUGCACGCCAACGCCACCGCCGCCCUCGGCAUCCCGACCUGGAGAUACUACUACAACGCCUCCUUCAUCAACCUCCAACCUUUCAACAACGCUUUCAACCUAGGCGUCUACCAUUCUUCGGAAAUCGGUCUCGUCUUCGGUACGUAUCCCCCGGUCAACGUCACGACGCAGGAACAUGCUCUCAGCAAAUUCAUGAGCACCGCCUGGGCGCGCUUCGCUCGGAACCCGAACGCCGGACCCGGAUGGAAUGCUGUCGGCACGGGCAUGGAAGGUCAAGUCCUCGUGGGCGCCAUGUCCGAGGCGGAAGGCGGCAUUUAUACGGGUGCGAACGGAACGGCAUUGACGGGGUCGUGGGACCUGGCCGUCUUGGGCAAUCGCGGGGAUGCGCUGGGAUCCGGCGCGACGGUGAUUGAGCAGGGCGAGGUGGAUUUGAGGUGUGGAUUGUAUACUGCGGCCUAUGAACGGAAUGCGGUGAUUUGA